UACAGAUAGAGCAAGACAGGAAACGAAAGAAAGCAACAGCAUGAAAAAACAGCAUAAUGCAAAAAUCAGCUUAGCAUAAAUUAGGUGGACUAACCUGAGGAUACAGGAAGAGAGGAGUAGCACAAAACAAGAAGUUACUUCGAGUCUGAAGUGUACAGUAGUGUGAACACAUGAGGGCAGGGAUUCGCUUGCCAAUUUGUGGUUGAGUGAAGAUCGAAACCCAUUCAGAAAACUGACAAACACACUGUGUAAGAGAAGAAAGGUACUGAGCACAGUGGUGUAGAGAUGCUCAGGAGAGAGAGCGGGAGCGCACAGACUGAGAAGGACAGCGGGGCCCCCUGAGGAGGAUAGUGGAUCAUUAUGGGAGUCAAAUGCAGGGCUUGUAUAGCCAUUGUCUUCAUCCUACUUUUGCUUGGCUCCAUGUGGCUACAUGGGAACCUGGAGGACCACUGGAAUACUUGCCCAAAGGUUUCUAGUGUAAAAAACAAGGUUCUGUCUUUGGUUAGAGUUAAUAGUUCAGAUGACGAUGUGGCUCCAUUGAGGGUAUGUCCUGGCAUGAGGUUUCAAGUUGCCGAUUUGCUGGCUCACCUGCAGGCAGCACCAGUCUCAACCAAUGAUGUGCUUCUAAAGCCAUACCUGGCAAGCUGGGAUGAGCUUAUCAAGUUUUUGGAAGCCCUGGGGCCAAUGGUGGGUUUAAUUUCACAAGAAAUUGAAUCGAAAACCGCCAUCAUUCGUGACCUGGCCCAAAAAGCGGAGAAAGAGGCAGAGAAAAAAAUUAAAGACAGAAAAAGAAAGCCUCAGCAAAGCGACCCAGUCUUAAUGAUAUCUCAUAACAGAUCUUUGAACUACUCUGAAAUGAAUCACAGACUCUCAUUUGGUUACACUUCUAUUCGGUCUAUGAUUAAAUGGGAGCUGGAGAAUGGUUUGGUGGACUUCCACAAGCAGACAAACUCAGGCUGCAGGACUCUGUUGCGCUUGCAUCGUGCUCUGCUCUGGCUGCAAAACUUCCUGCAGGAACUGGGGAAGGAUGCAAGUGAAGGAGAGCGUCUACGAAGCCCUUCUGACCUCUGCAAAGAAACUUACCAGCGCACACUGGCCCACCAUCACAACUGGUGGGUAAGGAAAGCAGCGGAACUGGCCUUUCUUGCUAUGCCUGAACGACCUUAUUUCUACCAGUUGGUGUGUGUGGAAACGCAGUCAGAAGCUGCUGUGGUGCUGAACAGGGUAGUGAGAGCAAUAGAAGAAGUGUAUGAGAGAAAUGAAGUCACUCUACAAGAGCACGGCAUGCUGGAUCUACCCUGAGUGUAGAAAGAGGGAGGAAAAAUCACAGGAAAUAUGAGUGGGACCAGCCUAAAGAACAAGGCACUAAAUUAUAAGACUAGAGCUUUGAACCCUUAUGAGAAAAGAAUGAAGACUGCUGGAUAAAUACAAGGCUUAUUUAUUCAUUCUUACUGAUGUACUCAAAGUAAGUUACACUUUCUUAAAGAAUUAGUGACCACUUUCAUGAGUUCAACUGUUAGUGAAAAAGGUUGGCAAGUAAGAAAAAAAAUUAAAAAACAAAGCAAACAUCUCACUAUCAAAGAUAACAGUUUUGUUGUUAAAACAACUAAAUAUGCUGUAUACCGUUGGUGCUUGUCGUCUCUUUUCCUGGUAUUGGAGAAAGCCAUGCAUUGAUUCUUGUGAAGAUAUUUACGGUUUUCAGUAGGUUUGCACCAUAAUAGUACUGGUCGAUUGUGAAAGAUGCAGCAAUGCAGGCUCAGCAAAAGGGACAGACUAGUCCGAAGUCCUGGUUCAACAGAAGAACUUUUUUACAAUCCAUAUGCUUAUCAAAAGCAGUUUUAUAACGGUGUGACUGAUACUUAAUGAUUGUUCUGGGGAUAUUCUCUUACAGGCACAACUACAUUCAUUUUGGCAUGACAAACUGGAUAGCAAUGUGUUUACAGAACUCCUUUUAUGGAAACCACUCAAGGUGGCUAAAAGUGGCUCUAUAUGAAGAGCACAGAGGGGUAUGGCUAAAUUCUCAUUUGAAAUAAUUUUGAACAGUAAAUUUGAAAAUGUAUUGUCUAAAACCUUAAUAAUAAUAACAAUAAUUUUAAAAUAGUUAUUUUUAAUGCUACUACCAUAAACUACACAAACAUAUGCAAUUGGGGUAAGUAAGAUACAAAGAUAUAGCUUUUCGAUCUUGUAUCUUAGGGUACCACCCCACUGAGAACCUUUUUGUGGGUGUAUUGUAUUCAUUCAAAUGACAUAUGACAUCAAAAUGGUUAUUGUUAUGUCACAUUAUGUCACAUAUGCAUAUUAUUCCAGGAAACUAAAACUAAUGCAAAUAAAGCAAGGUUCUCAAAUCAGGUGCUCGGUCGAAAUCGUGUGCCUAAAAGGGCACUUUAGCGUUAGAGAAACUGGAGAAACCUAACCAUUUUUACCUUGAGAACUGAAUUCUGGAAAUGAUAAUGCAGAUUAUGCUGAUGAAGAGGAGACAAGUGUAUUUUUGGUAAUUUUAUUAAGUUUGUUAUUUCAAUACAUUAGAUUAUGAACGUGUUUAUAAUUAAACUUAACUAGUCAAUAUAAUUUCAGGCUCUCGUUAUUCAUCAAACAUUUGAGCAGUUUGCACAAGGUCCAGUGCUAUAUAAGCACUGAGCCAUAUCAAAUGAACUGUAGUUUGUUCUGUGAUGUUGUUGAGGUGUGGGCGUGUUCUCACAACCCACUCUGUUCAAGCACAUCUAAACCACAGCAUUUACUGUAUAUACUUAUUCAUAUACUUUAUAUACAUUAGGGAAAUGACUUGUCACCUUGUUUUCAAAAGCUGUCGAGUUCUGUUGGUUAAUAUGCUCACAGGAGACUUACUUAAAACUUUCCAUGUAUUGUCAAUGUUAAAUCUGUAGUUUUAUGAAACAUAUGAUACAUUUUGGCAUUUUAAAGGCUACAAAGAGAUCCAGACUAUUAAAGUGACAAUGAUUUAUUAAAUUAUUGGCCUGAAUUAUUGUGACCUCCUUGUAUUUUAUAAUAAGCACUGCAGAGCUUAAAGGAACUGUCCACUAUUUUUGAAAAUAGGCUCAUUAACUCCCCUA